UUAGUCUUGACCAGUAGUUCGCGCCAGAGGUGAUGCUAAGCUCAUUAGUACACGCGCCACCACUCGCUUUUCUCUCCGCCUCGCUUCCCCGCCUUUUCUCCACGCACAACGCCACGCGCGCCGCCAUGGCCGCCGCCACCUCAGCUCGAAUCGUAGUCGUCGGCGACGUCCAUGAUCAGUGGUAUCUAGAAGACGACACGAAAGCUCUUCGAUUUCUGCAGCCGGAUUUGGUUCUUUUUACAGGUGAUUUUGGUGAAGAGAACAUUGAACUUGUUCGCAGCGUUGCAAAUCUUGAAUUUGCUAAAGCAGUUAUUUUGGGAAACCAUGAUGCCUGGCAUACAAAAAAGUUUUCAGGAAAGACAAAAGACGGCGUUCAACUUCAGCUAGACUGUCUAGGCGAGGAGCAUGUAGCUUAUAGAUGUUUGGACUUUGCUACGGUAAAACUGAGCAUUGUUGGUGGACGACCUUUUUCUAGUGGGGGAAACCAGUUAUUUCGAUUAAAGCUUCUGUCUGCAAGGUAUGGAGUCCAAGACAUGGAUGGAAGUGCUAAGAGAAUCUGCAAUGCAGCUUUGGGUGCUCUAGAGGACCAUAUGGUCAUUAUUCUUGCACACAAUGGACCCACAGGUCUUGGUUCUAACUUGGAUGACAUAUGUGGAAAAGACUGGGACUUUGGAGGUGGAGAUCAUGGUGAUGCAGAUCUAGCACAAGCCCUGUCCCUCCUAAAAGAGUCCGGCAAAACCUGUGUUCCAUUGGUAGUGUUUGGUCACAUGCAUAAACAGCUAGCAGGUGGAAAUGGUCUUCGGAAAAUGAUCGUGGUUGGAGCUGACAAUACUAUAUACCUGAAUGCGGCCAUUGUUCCUAGAGUCAAGAGACUAAAUGAUGAACAAGGAACUAGCAAUAAAAGCUUCAUGAAUAAUGAACCCAGUCUUUCAACGCCGGAGUCCUGUGGCACCAUUCGAGCCUUCACUUUAGUGGAGAUUUUGGACGGAGGAGUAGAUAAGAUUGUUGAAACUUGGGUUUCUGUUGUGGGUGAUAGGACCAAAUUGGAAGAGGAGCACAUAUUAUUCAGAAGUGGCAGUUAGAUUCUUCUGGUUUAGAUUUUAGUUUCAGACCACAGAAUAUGCUGUAUGUACACUGUCAAUCACUGUUCUUUUGUUCUGGGGACGACAUGUCAGACAUCGUCACCUACAUGAUCAAAACGACAAGGCGUGAUUGCUUCUUUCUUUUC